CCCACCUAAAAAUCGCAGCUCAAAUCCAUCAUCGUCAACUUCUCGAUCAAAGCAGGAGAUUAUCUCUGCUCUAUAGCUCAAUCUUCCUUGUCAAUCAAAUCAACAAAUUUUCCUUGUUCUCGAUCUUCCUUAUUAGCGAAUUUGCGCCUUUGCGAAUCAUCCGCCGAAUUCGCCCCUCAACCAAAUUUCCAGGAUUCAUCGUAUUUCAGUCUCUUAAUGUCGCAAGUAAAGAGGGAUGGCGCGUAAGAGGUUGAACGUCGUCUCAAUCAAUAACACUCCAAUAGGAGAAGAAGGAAAUUAACUUACUCAGUUCUUGGGCACCCUUGUGAAGAUGCCAAGUCAUGUUGGAAUAAACAUUCAUGAUUGGAGAGAUAUCUCUUAAUCUCUUAUACAAUAAAGGAAAAUUUAUGGAGCAUUGUGAAGGAGACUCAAUUGGCUCCAUACCUGACGACGUACUACCAACACGUGGAAAGAAGUUCUUCAUUCUUCAUAAUGUGGUGAAUGAGGUAAAUGGUACUCAUGAUUCUAAAGACCCUGCAUUCAUGCUCUGCAUAAAUGUGCUCUGUCCUCUCUACAACCACAAGUUCUCAUACAAGAUCCACAAGUUCCUAUUCUUCAAGCUUAAGUUUCUACACUUUCAAGAAAGGUUGAUAUUCUAUUAGGUGGUUUAAAAAAGAAUCUCCCUCCUCAACAACUAUGCACAAUUCUUAGCGGUUUGAAUGAUGAGGUCGGUGGUGAACUUUCUCCAACACACAAAAGGUCAUCAACUCGAAGGAGUCAAAGCCAUCAACCC